GCACAUUCCUGGGCGUCUCGUCACUUCCCCUGCGCUGGCGAGCCGAGCGAACUCACUGAGCAACGCGGCCGGGCUAUGACCCCAGAGGCGCUGCUGCUGCUGGUGCUGGGGGUGCUGGGGGCGCCGCUCGCCCCGGGCGUCCGCGGCACGGAAGCGGAAGGCCGGCUCCGCGAGAAACUCUUCUCUGGCUAUGACAGCUCGGUGCGGCCGGCGCGGGAGGUGGGGGACCGUGUCGGGGUCGGCAUUGGCCUCACCCUGGCGCAACUCAUCAGCCUGAACGAGAAGGAUGAGGAGAUGAGCACAAAGGUGUACUUAGACCUGCCCCCGACAGCCCCUCAGCCUCUGCUCCCACAGGAGUGGACUGACUACAGGCUGAGCUGGGACCCCGCGCAGCACGAGGGCAUCGAUUCACUCCGCAUCACGGCUGAAUCCGUGUGGCUUCCGGACAUUGUGCUCCUGAACAACAAUGACGGGAAUUUUGACGUUGCCCUGGACGUGAACGUCGUGGUGUCUUCCAAUGGUUCCGUGCGCUGGCAGCCUCCAGGACUCUACCGUAGCAGCUGCAGCAUCCAGGUCACCUACUUCCCGUUCGACUGGCAGAACUGCACCAUGGUGUUCAGCUCCUACGGCUAUGACAGCUCAGAGGUCAGCCUGCGGACCGGCUUGGGUCCCGACAAGCAGGAGCGGCAGGAAGUGCACAUUCAUGAGGGGACCUUCAUUGAGAAUGGCCAAUGGGAAAUUAUCCACAAGCCUUCUCGGCUAAUCCAGCCUUCCACAGAUCCUAAGGGAGGCGGGGAAGGACAGCGCGAAGAAGUCACCUUCUACCUCAUCAUUCGCCGGAAGCCUCUCUUCUACCUGGUCAACGUCAUUGCCCCAUGCAUCCUCAUCACUCUUCUGGCCAUCUUCGUCUUCUACCUGCCACCAGAUGCAGGAGAGAAGAUGGGGCUCUCGAUCUUUGCCCUGUUGACCCUUACCGUGUUCCUGUUGCUGCUGGCAGACAAAGUUCCUGAGACUUCCCUAUCUGUCCCCAUCAUUAUCAAGUACCUCAUGUUUACCAUGGUCCUCGUCACUUUCUCCGUCAUCCUCAGCGUCGUUGUCCUCAACCUGCAUCAUCGCUCACCGCACACCCACCAAAUGCCCGCUUGGGUCCGCCAGAUCUUCAUCCACAAACUCCCUCUGUACCUGGGUCUGAAGAGGCCCAAACCCGAGAGAGACCUGAUGCCAGAGCCACCUCCUGUGGCCCUCCGGGAUUCUCCAGGAAGUGGCUGGGGUCGGGGAACAGAUGAAUAUUUCAUUCGGAAGCCACCGAACGAUUUUCUCUUCCCCAAACCCAACAGGUUCCAGCCUGAGCUGUCUGCCCCGGACCUGCGGCGACUUAUCGACGGUCCGACCCGGACUGUGGGCCUGCCUCCCGAGCUACGGGAGGUCGUUUCCUCGAUCGGCUACAUCGCCCGCCAGCUGCAGGAACAGGAGGACCACGACGCGCUGAAGGAAGACUGGCAGUUUGUGGCCAUGGUAGUGGAUCGACUUUUCCUGUGGACCUUCAUCAUCUUCACGAGCGUUGGGACCCUCGUCAUCUUCCUGGACGCCUCGUACCACUUGCCCCCCGCCGACCCCUUUCCUUGAGGACAGAGGGCCAAGACGCGAGUCCUCGGCCAGCUGAGCUGAGAGAGGGCAGUACUCCCAAGCUGAGAGCGGGCAGUACUGCCCCUUUCUCCCUCUCAACUCCACUAGGAAUCCAGGCUUCGCACAUCAUUGCCUCUCUAGGGAGAGCGCCCAAGGGGGACGGGGUGGAAUGAAGCCUUGGGCCCCAACAGAAAUGCACUAUCAGUUUAUUUAUUCUUUGGUUUCUUGUAGAAGUUUCUUUGGAUAUCAACGCUAGGUUGCCGGGAAAAUGGAACAAAGAAUGAGAAGUAGAUUGUACGCUCUAGGAGGGCAGGGACUGUGUCUUGUUCGCUGUAAUAUCUCCAGCACCUGGCACUGGGCCUGACCUAUGGGAUAGUAGGUGCUUCACAGUCGUUGAGUGAUUAAGGAUUUUUUCUUUCCUGGAAGGAAGUACACCUGUUAUUAUCAGUGCUUAUGUUUGCAUGUUGA